CGAAGGAUAAUUUAGCGAUAUGAGAAAGUAAUUUUUAAGGUUGGUUUUCAAAAUUUGAGCUUCAUAAGACAAAUGUGAAGCAAGUCUAAAGAAAACCUUAAAAAAAGAUUGAUGCUACUAAGGCUUUAUUCCAGGUUGUAGAAAAAUUCCCGUUAAGAUAAGGCGACAGACGAGUCUCAAUUGGUCCAGUUUGUUUUGAGAGAUAUAUAUUGUUAGCACUUCUGUCGGAACUUUUAUUAUUGACUCGUGUUAAUGGAUAUAUCAUAGUAAAAUAUUGUUGGGUAUCACAAUAUCAAAAAGAUGGAGAUAUCACGUGCGCUCGUUCAUAUAGUUGUUUACUGCUUUUUUCGAAUACUUUCAGUGUCAGUCAAAGUUGACAUCAUAAAUGGACGCAAAGAUGCUAGCACUUGCUGCAAACAGUUGCCGAAUUCUUCUUUUUCCUCUGAUUGCCAAACGUCUUAUCUGUGGGCCGACAUAGAUGAAAAAUACGCAUAUACACCAGGAUUUCCCAAUCAAUUUCCAAUCCAGAGGCUGUGUAAAUGGGGAAUCUAUACCAGACCUGGUAAGAGAAUACGACUCGAAUUUCGGGAUUUUUAUUUGAUAGGACCAGGUGAUGAUGGAAUGUGCUACUCGCAAGGUGUCAUCAUCAAAUCUCCAUUAUCCAAGUUAGAAAUGGGACCUCAUUGUGGUAACGCCGGAUUACCCACAGUGAUAUCAGCAGGUAAUUACCUCGAGGUAGACUUGGUUUCAAACAUUCCUAUGACAUCUGAAAAUUAUCGUGGGUUCAAAAUGUCCUUCAUUGAGACUGUCGAAACUCCAAGUCCCCAAUUGCGACCACCAAACUGGGGAAAUGGCGAACCUUUGACAGCAGAUCCUGCAGUUGUCGAGAAAAUAUUCCCUUCCGCAACAAUUUCUUCAAGAGGUGGAAGGCCAGUGAACUCGAAAACAACAUCGAAACCGCCUAGAUUCAGGCCAGGUCGAAAACUUGGAGUCCUGACACCAAACAUACAUUCAACAGCUAAAAGAUAUUAUCCUCCACGAACGACUUCAUUUCCCCCAACAAAAUCAUCAAACAAAAUAUCACUGGAAGAAAUUGUUGGAAUUGUUGUUGGUGGAAUUGUGCUUCUUGGAAUUCUUGUUCUUGUUGUAAUAAAAUGGAAACAGACUCGGAGAAAAAAGGCAAAAAACAAUAUAGAUAAACAGCAAAUUAAUAAAGAAACAUCGGAGUAUCCAUCAACGUACGCUACAGAAGACCACAAAAAUGAGGCGGAUCAAGAAAAACCCAACAUUGCAUCCGCUCCGGGUUAUUACGUUUAUUAUAUUCAAAAGAAUGAGGAAAAUAUUGGAACGAAUCAUAAGUCUGACAAGCACAUUUCAAAACGUUUGAACGACUCUAACAAACUGAAUGGAAAACGUGAAAAAUUUGCUUUGGGUGACGCAAAGACGUCAAAUAAAAAGAAGGCUUCUACACAUACUCGUCGCACGAGAGACAUAAAGACUAUGCCGAUCACACGUCCACGCAGGAGAAUAAUAAGUAGACAAAGACAUACAAAAACAAAAAAAAAGAAAGAAACUGAAAUUGGAAGCGAUAAGAAAGAUUCUCCAUCUCACAUAGUUGAAAAGAAACAAUUAGGCAGAAAGAAAAGGUUUCAAGAAAACGUCAAACAAAAACCACCAUCUGGAAGUGGUAAAUAUAAAAACGAGGUCUCCAAUGAGAUUGAGGUCUUUGUAAUAAAAAAACCAAGAGAUAGAACAAAGUUAAAAUCUCAAAAAAAUGAUUCAACAAACACUAAAAAGAGGCAAAGUUCAAAGUCUUCACAAAGCAAGACCGACAUCACACCCCGGCAUCUUCGUGAAAAAAAGAGAAGGAGAUGAAGAGAACAAUUCAGAAAAAUCUAAUUUUCUGACCGGGGUUGGGACUAAAUUAUAUUUUCAUUUAGUCCUAAAAUGUCAAAAAUUUUAAUCUGCAUCAUUGAAAUCGAAGAUGCAUUGAUUGUAAACUGCGUAUAAACAGCAAUUUAACAAGAUAUUUUGUUUGAAUGUGAGGCAAAUAUCGUUCAUGCAAAAUAUCAUUUGUGACAGAUAUAUUUGGUGUCAUCUUUGAGAAUAUACAACACAGUAAACAAAAAGUUUUCUCACUGUAAAGUUGGAACGUGAAUUCCAAUCCACUCAACGUUGUUAUAGUGGAGUCAUAUUUGCACCCGCACCCGCCUUGAAGAAUUAUGCGCAAUCUCCCAGCUUCUAGUAACUGCACAACUUUAGAAAACGAACUGUAUUCAUCAAUCUCCACAUAUGAGUAAAAUGUUGCUACAGCACAGAAACUUGAAGACCAACGAUAAAACUAAUUUAUAACGACACGGAUGCACUAUAAACAACCAAUGAAAGAAUGACAAAAUAACAUUCACAAUGACAAGCAAUAAUAACCAAUACUAAAUAGGACCUAACUGAGCUAAAUUAAUAUAACAGAUUUCACGAAACCCGCACCCCUAAUGUAAACUAUAUCCAAGACAAAUCUCAAUUCUAAAUGCCACUUUACUGGACUCACUGCACCUGGCUAUUGCUAGGUUUGGGGUGUGUUCCGACGGAGUCGCCACAAUAACAGGAUGUAUAGCCGGAUUUCAUGCGAAAGAGCGAUCUGCAAGUGAUACGGGUACAUCCAUUACUUUUAUCCAUUGUAUGACUCAUCGAAAGACCCUAGUAGACGAAAAAAUUCUCCUGAUCUAAAUGCAGUUGUGCAUCAUGCUGUAAAAGUAAUUAACUUCAUUGAGAGUCACGCACUCAAUACCCGUAUUUUUGCAAAUAUAUAUAUUUGAUGAAACGGAAUCGGAGUUCAAAACCCUUUUACUGCAUACAGAAAGUAGUAAGCUGGCCGUCGAAAGAAAAAUCUUAAAAAGGCUAAUAAUAGUUAUUCGAAGUUGGUCCACCACUUCCACAAUGACAGCUGGUUGUUUAAAUUAUCCUAUUUAUAAGAUUUGCCUGAAAAUUCAAGCGAACUUAAUUUGUCUUUUCAAGGAGAAAACACCAAUAUAUAUUUCUAAUUUGAAAUCCAAAAUUAGAAUAAAAAGAAAAAAAGGAAACGAAAAGCUCAAAUUGAGUCAUUAGAGAUGUUUCCAUUUACUUUUACAGAAGACAUUUUGGAUAACAAUAACGUGUGAUUUAAGAUGAUUAGGCACAUUGUAAUUAACCAUUUGUCAAAUAUAUUUUCAUUGGCCAUUGGGGAGGACUGCAUUAACAAAGAUUGAGCCACGUCUGGACUUUCUAUAGAGCAAAUAGAAGUCGCACUCAAUAAUAAAGAGAUGUUAAUCUGAAUAAAUGCGCGUUUCUUUUAGUUCUCGUGUAGGUCUAUUAGAAGUUAAGAAUUAAGUGUGUAAAUAAAACAUCAAAAAUGCAUAUUUCGAACUGUUAGCAUUUUAAACGUGAACCGGAGUCGCGAAAAUAUUUACUGUAUAUAUUAGAAGGAGUCGCGAAGUUAAAAAUCUGGGAAGCCCUAGACCAGAGUUACUCAACUAUUUUCACCAAAGGUCCGUACACAAAAUUUAAAAAUUACCGCGGUCCGCUCAAUAUAUUUUACGUAUGCAAACAAAAUUUCAAACGCAUUGUUUGACAAAAUACAAGAGCAAUGCUCAAUAUCACGCUUCGGAGCCGGUGUGACAAGGCUUCAAAAAUGUCGCUGAGCGCCGACUUUUUUGAAAAGAUGUGAACUAUUUGUCACCAUAGCACCCGUAACAAUAUAUAUAUUUGAAAGUCUUCCAGCGACUGCAAUUAUCUUUAGAACUGAAAAUUUGUAAUAUAUAUAUAUAUAUUAAUUGCGGAGAAGAAGAAUUUUUCCAAGCAAAAUUGAGACAAACCACAACGCCCGCAAGACUUUCAGCAAAACGAUUUAUUAGUCACCAAAUGCAAAGUUAUUUGUCAAUGGUUAUUUCAUUUUUUUGUUUUUGCCAUUGAUUUCAAUAUUGGUUC